AUGGGCAAAGAGCGCUUCACCAUUAACCCGUUCCCGCCGCUCGAGCUCUCGGACGCCGAGAAGAACCAGCUCCUGGAGCUGGGGCGAACCAUCAUCGAGGCCAACUUCGAGCGCGACGACGUCUUCUUCAAGACCGGCCGCAAGGUCGACCACCGCCGCUGGAAGCUCGCCAAGGAGCGCGAGCACAUGCUCGUGCACACCGAGCGCCCCGAGUACACGGGCGCCGACGCCAUGAGCAACACCAUGCACUCGUCGUCCAAGCUGCCGGCCAUUCUGUCUGUGGGUCGGGUCGAGGGCAAGCUCGACGACAUGAUGUACGGUGUGGUGAAUCCGACACUGGAAGAAAUGCGCAUCAAGGCAUCGUACGUUCACGACUUUGACGGCGCCGCUGUGCUUUCGACAAUCGUGGAACCGACUGUUGACGAGCCCUUCAACUCUGUCGUCGUCAAGUGGAUGGAGAUGGAUAUCCCUCUCCGCAGGACAGGCGUCGUUCAGAACCGCGACUACGUCUACCUGGAAUGCACGGGCUUCGUGCACAUGCCCAACGGUGACCGCGCGGGUUACCACUUCCUGCACUCGAUCGACUUCCCGCAGAUCCCCAAGCUGUCAGACCGCGUGCGUGGAGAUUUGUCUAUCUGCGGCUUCUUCCGCCAAGUCGGACCGAAUGUCAUCGAUGUGUGCAAGACGGGCUUGAUGGACCCCGCCGGUGACAUGAUCCGCAUGCUCGCGGUGCCGGUCAUGACGGAGGCGUUCCUAUCUCCGCUGCGCUACGUGCACUGCGGCCAGAUGCGCAAAUUGACGUGGAAGAUGGAGAAGGCUCAUGCUGAGGCAAGGUUGCAUGGUGCUCCGAACCCGGGCUCCGCCUGUGUCACGUGCAGCAAGCCGUCCACUGGCUGGACACUGGGCAAGAGCGCCAGCACCUGCAAGUGCUGUUUUCGCGUGCUGUGCAGCGGCUGUAAGAUCAAGAAGAAAAUCAGUCUGGUGACUGCGGACUUGACGCUCUCAGAACGCAAGAUCAACUUCUGCACAGCGUGUCUAGCGGACGCAUCGAUUUCCAGCGCCGCGGAGAUCGCGUCGUACCAGAUCAUGGAGAACGGCCGCAAGAGUAGCCUCAUCCGCUCGGUCACGGGUCACUCGUCGUCGAGCUCGGACUUGACGAUGAUGUCCCAGAUGUCGAUGUAG